AUGUCGCAACGAUUAAACAAUGAGCUAGAACGACAGCAUAACAAAAAAGGUAAUACACUCACUUUAUCUAGUAAAAUUAAAGUUUACGAGAAAAGUGACGAAGUGAUGACCAUUCCAAUUUCUAGCAUGCCACCUCUAGACUACUCGUUUCUAUGA